ACAAAUGAUUCCUAAUGCUGAAAAUUCUUACUUUACACACUUGUAUCAAUCAACUUGAGUUUUCCAGUGCACUCAGUCAGUCUGAUGCUGUGGUUCAUCCAGUAUGAUCAAUCUUCGAUUGGAGUAUCUGAUUUUCUUCGCUCAUUGUUUAACUUCGAUUGUGAGAGGCCAAAUUCCUGAAGCUCACCCUGAUUCCCUCUUGUCAAUUACGGAACUUUUGGAAAAGAAUGGAUUUCCAGCAGAAAGUCACGACGUGGUCACUCAAGAUGGCUAUAUACUGACAAUCUACAGGGUUCCCCAUGGCAGGGGUGGAUCAGGAGUCAACUCUAAGCCUAUUCUGAUGAUGCAUGGACUUUUCGGAAUGGCAGAAAAUUAUGUCGUUGCUGAAUUGAUGGGUAGCGGCACCAGCAUGGCUGGAUACUUUGCAGAUAGGGGUUACGACGUUUGGCUUGGAAACUCCAGGGGCAACCAACAUGCCCGAAGACACGUCAAAUUGGAUCCUGACAAGUUGAAGUUCUGGAACUUCAGUUACCACGAAAUAGCAGUAUACGACAUAUCUGGGAUGGUGGACCAUAUUCUCAAGACAUCUGGGAAAAAGAAAUUGUACUAUAUCGGACAUUCUCAAGGUGGAACUGUGUUCUACAUCUUAAACUCUAUGAGACCGGAAUACCAAAAGAAGUUCAUUCAAGCAUCCCUUCUGGCACCUGCAGGUUUGAUGAAGCACUUCAAUAACUCCCUUAUGAUGCCACUCGUUAAACGAACACCAAUGAUCGCUAAGAUGGUAGAAAACGCUAAAAUCGGCGAAUUUCCUCCAAAAUGGUUCAACCUAACCGAAUUCAUGUUUGGCGUAUGUACUGAGACGCCUUUAAAGGCCUUAUGUCAAAGUUUUUACCACGUAUUUGCAGGUGGAGACUCCGGUGAAUUCUAUGGGCCAAUGUUGGUUGCAAUAUUACGAUUCUUACCUACUGUAGCUGUUAAACAAGUGAUGCAUUUCAGUCAGAGCAUUCAUUCGGGUCACUUUUCCCAGUGGGAUUAUGGAAAAAAGAAAAAUCUAGAGAUUUAUGGUACUGAAGAACCACCCGAAUACCCUAUACAUCAAAUUCAAGUACCAAUAGCGUUGUACUAUGGACUCGGUGACAAUCUAGUUUUUCCAGGGGAUAUAGAGGAGAUUUGCACCAUAUUACCAAAAUGUACCAAAAAGUACCUCUUACCGAAUCCAAAAUGGACUCAUUUGGAUUUUAUAUUCUCCACCCACUUGAUAAAGGAGCUGAAUGAACCAGUGCUGACUUAUAUGAAUACAUUUAAAGAUGAUGAUUGAUGAAGCAAUAAACAACAAUUCAAAAAC